AUGUCAAGAAGAGGCUUACGAGAUGAAGAAAUCGAACGAUUAUUGUGUGAAAUUCCAUCAGACGAGGAUUCCACUGUUGACACCACAGAUGACGAAUCUGAUUAUGAAGCAAGCAUUGUUGCGGAGGCUAUUGUGUCGUCUGAAGGCGAAGUUUCAGAGAGCGAGGAAGAAAAUUUGGUCCGCGGCGGGUUCCAGCCGCGCAUUCCGACUUCGCUGCCGCCCCCAGGGCAGCAGCAGCAGCCGUCGCCGCUACCACGCCGACAGCCCGUCCCGUUGAUGCCUCCCGCGCAGCUUCAUCCGGGAGCGCCCCAGGUGGUCGCUCCGGCGCCUGCGGGCCCUCUUCAGUCGCCACCGCCUUCGGAGCUGAUGGACGUCGACCCCUCAGCCGGGCCGCCUUCCCAAGCGGUGGCUGUGCAGCCUGUCCUGCAGCCGCUUUCCUUGGGCACCCCCAAGGAGUCUGACACCGCAGCGCCUUGUCCGGCGCCCACUCAGCAGCCGUCGACGCAGCGUCAGGAGACGCUGCCUCUCUUCGUGGGUCCCGACGCCCCGUCGCGUCCAGUACCAGAAGCUGCGCCCGUGAUCACAGGCGUGCACCCUGACCUCGGUUUUCAGUCGGUGUUUCCCGAGGCCCCGCGCAGCCAAUGCUGGGAACUGAACUCAACGACGCCGGACGUCACACCGUCCGACGUUUCUUCCCAACAACGAGUGCAGAGACGACGUGGGGGGCUGACUCCUCCACAACGCAGCCAACGCACCACGACAACGUGUGAGCCAAUUGCAGAACGCCGCAGCGAGUCGGAGAACGCGACAGUGAUCACACCCACGUCACGAAAAUUUAUAACUACAGAGAAAAUUAUCAUGAGGCCAAAAAGAAACUUGAGACUGCGUAGUGAUAUAGAUAAGAGAAUACCCGAAUCAUGGGAGGAGAACAGGAAGAAGGUAAUAGAAAUAUUGUCAACGUCAGAGGUGAAACAUUUACUGAAACAGAUAAAGAAGCGAUACCGAGUGAAUCGGGGCUUAGAACAGAACAUAAAGUCGUAG